AACGCGAGGGCGCGCUCAAGCAGCACGAAGGGCGCGCGCUUCUCCACCUCCGACGGCGGCUCGUGCUCCCGGUGCGCGAGAGACGGCACGCGAUGGCGUCUCGAGCCUCCCGGUUCCCCAGAGGGGAGGAUGGGGAAGGUGAGGGAACGGAGCGCAGCGGUGCAGCGAGAGCUUGGUACCAGGCUGCGCAGAGGUUCACCGGAGACAUCGGGUCCAAGCUGUAUGCUCUGCUCAGUACCGGGGAUGAAGAAGACAAGAUCUCUGCCCAAAGGAGGGGGAAGAGUGCAGGUGACCCGAGUGGAGGCUGUUCCACGGCUCACCUGGACUUCUCCUUCCUGUAUUCAACAGACUUACUGCCUAUGACGGAUGGCGACCUGGCCACCAUGACCUUUCUCCAGGAUGUGGUUGACAUCAUGCUGGGGUACAUUGUGAAGUCCUUCGAUCGCUCCACCAAGGUGAUUGACUUCCAGUAUCCAAACGAGCUUCUUCAGAUGAACAACUGGGAGCUGUCGGAUGAGCCGGAGACGUUGGAUGACGUCCUGGUCAACUGUCGAGCCACCUUGGAGUACGCAGUCAAGACAGCUCAUCCCAGAUAUUUCAACCAACUCUCCACUGGAUUGGAUAUGGUUGGUUUGGCUGCAGACUGGUUAACAUCCACUGCUAACACAAAUAUGUUCACGUACGAAGUGGCCCCCGUAUUUGUACUGCUGGAGUACGUCACACUGAAGAAAAUGAGGGAGAUUAUCGGCUGGCAGGAUGGCCACGGGGAUGGGAUAUUUUCCCCUGGUGGCGCCAUCUCAAACAUGUAUGCGAUGCUGUUGGCGCGAUUCAAAAUGUUCCCGGAGGUGAAGGAGAGAGGGAUGGCCUCUCUUCCCAGAUUGGCGGCUUUUACUUCUGAACACAGUCACUUCUCCAUCAAGAAGGGAGCAGCAGCCCUUGGGAUUGGCACAGAAAGUGUCAUCUGUGUCAAAGUGGAUGAGAGGGGGAAGAUGAUACCAUCAGAUCUGGAGAGGAGAAUCGUUGAUGCCAAGCAGAGGGGUCUGGUGCCGUUCUUCGUGAGCGCUACCGCCGGGACAACGGUGUACGGCGCCUUCGACCCCCUCAUCGCCAUCGCCGACAUCUGCAGGAAGCACGGUGUCUGGAUGCAUGUGGAUGGCGCGUGGGGUGGAAGCCUGCUCAUGUCCAGGAAACACAGAUGGAAGCUCAAUGGAGUCGAGAGGGCAAAUUCAAUGACCUGGAACCCCCAUAAAAUGAUGUCUGUUCCCCUGCAGUGCUCUGCGCUCUUGGUCAGAGAGGAGGGCCUGAUGCAGAAGUGCAACCAGAUGCAGGCGAGCUACCUGUUCCAGGAGGACAAGCAGUAUGAUGUGUCUUACGACACGGGUGACAAGGCCAUCCAGUGCGGCCGCCAUGUCGACAUCUUCAAACUGUGGCUCAUGUGGAGAGCCAAGGGAACCGUUGGGUUCGAGGCUCAAAUUGACAAGUGCCUGGAGCUCUCAGAGUACCUGUAUGACAAGAUAAAGGACCGGGAGGGCUAUGAGAUGGUCUUCAAUGGAAAGCCCCAACACACCAACGUGUGCUUCUGGUACCUGCCUCCCGCCAUCCGCUGCAUGGAGGAUGGAGAGGAGCGGAGGAGGCGGCUGCACAAGGUCGCCCCCAUAAUCAAAGCAAGGAUGAUGGAAUACGGUACAACCAUGGUGAGCUACCAGCCGCAAGGUAACAAGGUCAACUUCUUCCGCAUGGUAAUUUCAAACCCUGCGGCCACCUUCGAAGAUAUCAACUUCCUCAUCGAGGAGAUCGAGCGGCUCGGACAGGACCUGUAGACACCUGCAACAGACCACUGCGGAUGCUUCUGCUGAAAUGUCGUGAACGUGUCUGUCUGUGAUGUAUCUCUGGGUGCUGUGUUGGUGCUUUAAGAUCAUAUGAGUAUGUCUGGGUUGCAUCAUCUUGUUCUGAAUAUCAAGAUAAACCAUUUUCGGUGGCUUGACAAACCCUUGGCAUGCAUCGCAAGUGCAUGCGGGCUUUACAGACCCAACGAAAGAAACACUGUA